GAACGUCGAGUUUUUGUUUGUGACACGAUUACUAGAAAAAUACUUGUGACUUGUAAAAUCGUAAUUAUUUAUUGUGUGUUUAAACUUAAAGUCUCAAUUUGUCUAGAGUGAUUUGUCACUAAUAAUUAUUUCAUUAAUUGUCAUUGUCAAACUUUGGUGGCUCGACGAGUUAGCGUUUGUGUGCAGUGUUUUAUCGUAAUAUUUAAUUGUGUAAACAUGUUGUGAUGUUUAUUAGAAGUGAAGGAGGUUAGUUAUUGAAUGAGGGAAUAAAAGGGAUAGAAUAUGCAUCCAUGUUCAAGAUGUAUAAUCUUUAGUCAAUGGUAUUUAAUGUUGGUGUAAUCAAUAAUAGGUUAGGAUACGUGAAUUAAGUAAAUGUUUUGUGUUUUACGUUAAUAAGCUACCUAGCCUAGGCUAAGUUAGUUGAACUUCGGAGAACGACCUGAACGACGAGUCAAUUCUUGGAAAUCGAGCAGUCAUUCACUUUCAUAAGCCUUUGUGUCGGGUAGAUUUUACACUGAAGUCAUUCAAGCUAUCCGGCUUUCAUCAAAGCAAUGGUCAUAAGAUCGGAUGGCACAGAAUCCCCUUUGUUGGAAGAUCAUCACAACUCAACACAACACGAAGAUAAACCAAAACAACUAGUCAAGUAUGGUGAACUUGUUAUACUAGGUUAUAAUGGAUUCCUACCCAGUGGUGAUAGAGGUCGGAGAAGAAGUAAAUUUGUUCUUUAUAAAAGAGCCACACCUAACGGGGUCAAAAGAUCAAGACACUAUGUGGUCAACACUCCACAUUCAUCACAGGCAAUCUUGGAUUCAAGACAACACUCAAUAUCAUACACUCUGUCCAGAAAUCAAGCCAUUAUUGUUGAGUACAUGCCCGACGAGGAAACAGACAUGUUUCAGAUUGGGCGGUCGUCGGAAACACCCAUUGACUUUGUAGUGAUGGACACCAUACCUGGUGACAAGACAGGGGAAAGCAAGGUUAUGGCUAGCACAAUAUCACGCUUUGCCUGCCGUAUCCUAGCUGACCGCUCCAACCCCCGUGUAGCUCGCAUCUACGCUGCAGGCUUUGACUCCUCCAGGAACAUAUUCCUCGGUGAGAAGGCCACUAAGUGGGAGGAGGGCAGAGAGAUUGAUGGUUUGACCACCAACGGUGUGCUUGUCAUGCAUCCCCAAGGCAAGUUCUGUGGGGGAGAUUCAGAGCCGGGGAUGUGGAGAGAGGUAUCUGUUGGAGGUGGAAUAUUCACACUUAGAGAAUCUCGGUCUGCUCAAGUCAAGGGGGCUGAAGUUGAAGGUGUAAGCAAUGUUCUUCAAGAUGGAACAUUAAUAGAUCUAUGUGGUGCUACUCUUCUGUGGCGAUCUGCUGAGGGGCUAGCCAAUUCACCUACCAAAGAUUACCUAGAAAAGCUGGUGGAUCAAGUGAACGCAGGGCGACCAGUAUGUCCUGUGGGGCUCAAUACAUUAGUCAUUCCUCGAAAAAAUACUCUGGAUAAUGAGAAACAACAACCUUACGUCUAUCUCAACUGUGGUCACGUGCAGGGCCACCACGACUGGGGCCAAGAGAAGGACUCCAACUCUAGGUGUUGUCCAAUGUGUCUCAAGGUUGGCCCAGUGCAGAAACUGUGUAUGGGGAUAGAACCAGCAUUCUAUGUUGAUUCUGGUCCUCCAGACUUCUUUGCAUUCAAUCCAUGUGGGCAUAUGGCUACUGAGAAAACUGUCAAGUACUGGGCAAACGUUGCUAUACCACAUGGAACCAAUGGCUUUUAUGCUUUCUGUCCAUUCUGUGCCACCCCUCUGGAAGGAAAUCCAGGAUAUGUGCGUCUUAUAUUUAAUUAGAGUGUUAUGGAGAUUGUGGUUGUUUUCAUUGUUUUUAAGACUAAACUAUCUUUAAGUACUUAAAAUAAUGAAGAUGCCUUGUACUUUUGUGAUUCAACAUGAAUUAGCCAAUUCAUAUCAUUUUUAUAAGAAUGAAACAGUUAGGGGUUUUUUUUUUAUAAGAAUGUAAUAUUGUAAUUUUCCUGGGGGUUUAAAUUGAUAUUUGUAAAUGAAUGAAUGAGACUAUAUCACUAUUGUUCAAUGUAAUUGAAAAAAUAUCAAACUCCAUAGAAAAUAGGUCACCAAUAUUAAGGUCUAUGUUUAAAUUCUAAGACGUUUCUUCCCAAUGCGAUAACAGAUGGCAUUUUUGAUGAAGUUCUAUGGAAGUAAACUUACAUAUUUGAACUAUUUGUUUAUUAAUUUGUUAGUUUAUUGCUCACUGUGUAAACCAAUCUUUCUUUGAUGUUGCCUUUUUAUUGUGCUCAAGGAAAGUUCUGGCGUGCAGACACUUCAUGGAUAUACUUCAUGGUAUAGCUUGUAACGUCUCGUAACUAUAACGGAGACCAGAGUUAAUCUUGACUAAGGGUUGAAAUAACUUUAUAUAUUUCUUAUUUGUUUAAAAUAGCUAUGAUCUGUGAUUAUUACCAAACCAAUAAGUGAAAAGUAACAGUUGUUUGUAUUUUUUUGACUGAUGUUUUUUUUGAACAAAUUUGUUUAUGCUAUUUAAAACCUUAGUUUAAACAUUUACGUAUUGAAACAUUUCCAUUGUAAUAACCUUUUAUGUUAUAUGUUAUUUUAUAUUUAUUCAUGUAUAUGUAUUUAUGUGUAAAAUGUAUGUUGCUUGUGUACGUGAUCUCUUUUAUUAGUGUUUUGUUGUGGCACUUGUACGAUUGUGUUAUUUAUUUUUACCAACAUUGUUUAAUCUUAACAGAAAGGUGCAUGUGUUUGUCUAUAAUGCUACAUUAAUUAAUUUUAAAGUGACAUGUACCCCUCAGGAUUUAUCUUGUCAUUGAAACAACCACAAUCAGAUUAAGACGAAUGUUUGAUUUGAAGGCAAUCUGAUCAUUCAUUAUGUCUACAGCAUGUUAUAAAGUUAGUUUAAAUCACUAACUUCUCCAAAACUUGAAAAUAUGUUUUUAAAAUGAUUUAUCAAAAAAAAGUUAAUUAAUGUUUAACGUUUUUUCAUAUUUCACUAAUGUCAUUUAGGCAAAUCUCAGCUUUUAGAUCACCGUAUAUGCCUUAAGUUUCUAAAUUAAUACUCAUACUUUUGUAUUAUGAUUUUUAGUUUUUAUUUACAAAGUCUGUCUAUUUACUUUGAUCAGAUUACCUACAAUGCCGUGUUGCAGCCUUAGCCCUGACCAGUCUAAUGUUGGGCAACCAAAAGACUGUUACUGUACAGUUGUACAUAAAAAUACAGUAUGAUAGUGUCUGUCUGUGUGUGUGGGUGCGUGUGUCAGAGUGUGUAAAUAAGUGUCCAGGUCUUAAGUUCCAAACUGUUUAAGCACUCUUCUGUCCUCUUCAUGUAUAUAAUCUGCAAUUAUUUAUACUUAAAAUAUGAAAAUGGUUAAAUUUAGGAAAUAUAAUUUAAUAAUUUUAAUGUUGACAAAUUUAGUCUGUAUAUUUAUUACACUUGAAAAAAAUUUAUGUGCAAAUUA